UGAGACCCCGGCGUCCACGUGUCUUCGGACCGGGCGUCGUCGCCCGGCUUGGGGCCCUCACAGAUCGGCCAUCGUCAAGAGGUGGCGCGGCAAGGAGCCAUCCAUGCCAGAGCGUUCCGGGGUGGGGGGCUUCUGGGGACGCCGUGCGGAGCAAGUCCGGGCUUCUGGGGACGCCGCGGACCGGAGCAAAUCCGGGCGCCGCACGUCCGGGGGCGUGUUCUGGCGGCGCAGGAAGGCGGAGGGGGCGGCCGCCGGGAGGGCCGCCGAGCCGUACAAGGUCGACUGGAGGACGCAGGAGAGGCGGCCCUUCCGCCGCGGCUUCAUCGGCUACGGGCCCUGCGGGGUGGCCCCCGCGGCCGCGGUGAAGAGGCGGAAGAAGCUCGGCAUCGACUCCGUGGAAGACCCGGCCGGGGAGGACGCCACCCCCCUGCCGCUGGAGUCCUUCGAGGCCGCGGGCGUUGUGCCGGGCUGGCUGCUGGAGGCCCUGCAGGAGGCGGACCGCUUCGAGCCCUCGCCGAUCGAGGCGCAGGCCUUGCCCAUCGUGCUCGCGGGCCAGAACCUCAUAGCCGUGGUGGCGGGAGGCGCCAGCAAGGAGGCGGCCGGCGGCACGGGCAGCGCCGCGUACCUGGUGCCCGCCGCCGUGCACGCCGAGGACCAGGCCGCGCUGGAGGAGGAGGACCCGGGGCCCAUCGUGCUGGUCCUGGCCGCGCAGGACCUGUGCGCCCGCAUCGCCGCGGAGGCCUCUGCGCCCCGCGCGCUGCCUGCGGCACGCCCUCCGGAGGAGGAG